CGAGCAGCAACCUGACGGUGGUCUCGGUCCGGAUCUCCCUCCGCAGCGCAACUCCGGAGCGCCGCGCAGCUCCACACGCACCGACGGGGCUCCGGGUCGCCGUGGCAGCCUCGCAGCCUGGCAGGCAGCACUGGGUCGUUUCAAACAUUUUCUUCUCCCCCCCUUUGCUCCUCACCACGGUUCCACCUCGCACGGAGACUUUUACGCACGCUUGGAUGUCUUGACCGCCCGGCACACGGAGGAGAAGACUUGUUGCGCGUCCCCGGGGAGCGCAGCAGUCCAGCUUCCACACAGGUCUGAACCUGAGAGCAGAUCUGAGGGGUUACAGGAGCGGGGAUGGACUGUGGAGACCUCAGAGAAACGCGGAUUAAAGCUCAUAACCGAGGACAUUUGGGGUGACCAGGUUCCUCCAGUGUGACAGACAGAGCAACAACAAAUGGCAUCCACGCUCAACAGAGGCAAACUUUACUUAUUGGGUCAGAUCCGACUAGUUGAUUAAUUCUUCUUCCCCGUGUGUUUGGAAGUGCGCCCUCCCCAGUCCCAGUCCUCGUCGACAUGUCUGAGCGUGACGGCUGCGGAGACGGGCUGUGCGGCGACGGAGCGCCGGAGUUCAUCCCGCCCAGGGCGUCCCGCGGCCGGCGCAGCGGAGUGGUCCCCCCGGCCGGAGCCCAGGACGCGGACUCCGUCCUGCUGGAGUCCGCCAGGGCAGCGCCCCGCCGGAGCAGCAUCAUCAAGGAUCCUUCAGUGCAGAAGGUGGGUGGCGGGAGGAAGAAGACUGUGUCCUUCAGCAGCAUGCCCUCUGAAAAGAAGGUCAGCAGUGCGGCCGACUGCUUGGCCUUCAUGCAGGGCGGGUGCGAGCUGAAGAAGAUCCGGCCCAAUUCCAGGAUCUACUGCCGCUUCUACACCCUGGAUCCGGACCUGAGCUGCCUACGCUGGGAGCCGUCCAAGAAGGACGGGGACCGAGCUCGGCUGGACGUCUCCAGCAUCCGCGAGGUCCGCACCGGGAAGAGCACCGAGACGUUCCUCCACAACGGCCCUCUGUCUGAACACCUGGCCGAGGAAUCCGCCUUCUCCAUCAUUCAUGGGGACGAGUACGAGUCUCUUGACCUGGUGGCAUUGUCAGCGGAUGUGGCCAACAUCUGGGUGACGGGCCUGCGCUACCUGCUGGCCCACCCUUCCAUCAUUGGAGGGGCUGGAGGAGUGGCGGGGGGGAUGGGUGACGGAGGGGGCGUGGCGGUGGAAGGCAGCCUGGGCAGCAAGAUGAGGAGCGAGUGGCUGGCAGCAGAGUUCGCACAGGUGGAUGAAGACGGCUACGGCAUCGCGUCAGAGGACGGGGCGGUCGCCACUAUCUGCAAGCUCUGUCCGGGGAUCAAGGAGGCCAAGGUUCGUCUACGUUUCAAGGAGAUCCAGCGCAGCAAAGAGAAACUCACCUCCCACGUGACCCGCGAGGAGUUCCAGGAGGCGUACUGCGAGCUGUGCACCAGGCCCGACGUCUACUUCCUGCUGGUGCAGCUGUCCCAGGACCGGGAGUGUCUGGAUCCGCAGGACCUCCGCCUGUUCCUGGAGACGGAGCAGGGCUUGUCUCUGGCCACGACCGAGGGAUGCUGGGAGCUCCUGAGGCGCUACGAGCCCUCGGCCCAGGGCAGGGAGAGGGGCCUGAUGGGUGUGGACGGAUUCGCCCGCUACCUGGAGUCCCCGGAGUGCCAGCUGCUGGACCCGGAGCACCUGGGGGUUUGCCAGGACAUGAACCUGCCCCUGUCUCACUACUACAUCAGCACCUCCUACCGCUCCUACCUGCUGGACGACCAGGUCCAUGGUCGGGCAGACCUAGGCGGGCUGAUCAAAGCCCUGCAGUCGGGCUGCCGCUGUCUGGAGCUGGGUGUGACCGACGGCCCUGAUGGGGAACCGCUUCUCGGGGUUGACUACGGGCCUGAGAUAUCCCGGCAUCACCACCACCAUCCCCACCACGCGCCCGUCACUGUCCGAUCUGCGCUGGAGGUGAUCAACAAGUAUGCCUUCCUGACCUCUCACUACCCGCUCCUGGUGUAUCUGUGUCACCGCUGCUCUCCGGACCAGCAGUGCACCAUGGCGCACCACCUGAAGAAGGUGUUUGGACCUCGUCUCUACACUCCAGAGCUGCUCCCCAUCAGCCUGGGAGGCCGAGCCACGACCUUACCGUCCCCCGAGCAGCUGAAGAGGCGCGUCCUGGUGGUGGGGAAGAAGCUCCCUCCGGAGCAGGAGGGCUCCGAAGGGGACGUGUCCGAGGAGGAGGAAGAGAUCGGAGGAGGGGGGCCUUUGGCAGGGAGGAGAAUGACCAUCCCUGGUGAGGAGGAGCUGGGCGUGGUGCUGGUGGUGCCGCCCCCCUCUCAGCCCAGGAAGCUCCAUCUCCACAAAGACCUGUCAGACCUGAUAGCCAUCGCUCGAACCAGCAGCCGCAGCUUCUACGCCCAGAGAAGCAGCUAUAAAAAGGCUCAGCAGCAGUCGCCCCCCAGCAGCCCUUCCUCCCCCACCUCCCCCAUGCCUCCGGAGAUGCCUUACUGGACAAUGUGCUCGUUGGGUGAAGGAGAGGCCGGGCGGCUGACCAGCGAGAGCCCCGAGGACCUUGUUAUGUUCACCAAGCGCACGCUAACGCGGGUGCGGCCGAGCUCGGUGCGCCUGGACUCCAGCAACCCCAACCCGCAAGGGUACUGGAAAGGAGGAGUCCAACUCGUGGCCUUGAACCAGCAGACACCCGGCGCCAUGCUGGACCUCCACCGAGGUCGCUUCUCACAGAACGGAGGUUGUGGUUACGUCCUCCGUCCCGCUGUGAUGAGGGACGAGGUGUCGUAUUUUAGUGCCCACACUCACGGAUGCGUGCCAGGAGUCCCCCCGCAAAGUCUGCGCAUCAAGGUGAUCAGUGCCCACAACCUGCCCAAGCCUCAGGGGUCAGGAGCUAAAGGAGAAGUCAUCGACCCGUACGUGGUUCUGGAGCUGCACGGCGUCCCGGCUGACUGUGCCGAGCAACGGACGCGCACCGCUGCUCAAAACCAGGAUGACCCACUGUUCGAUGAGACCUUUGAGUUUCAGGUGAACAUGCCGGAGCUGGCUUUGCUGCGCUUCGUGGUAUUGGACGACGACUACAUCGGCGACGAUUUCAUCGGCCAGUACAGCGUAGCUUUUGAGUGCCUUCAGCCCGGAUACCGUAAUGUUCCCCUGCUGGGCCUGGCGGGAGAUCCUUUACCCCACACCAGCCUGUUUGUUCACGUGGCCAUCACCAACCGGCGAGGAGGCGGGAAGGCCCAGCGCCGAGGGCUGUCCGUGAGAAGGGUGGGCCGGCGAGGGAGGGAGUACGUCUCGCUGAGGCACACCAGCAUCAAGACGGUGGACGAAGCUUUCAAACAAGCGAGCGGCCCCCUGAAAGAGGCGACAGACCUGCGAGAGGAUGCCCAGAGCUCCACAGCCAGUUUCAAGGAGCAGUGUGGGCUCCCCACGGUGGCCAAACUGAAGCAGUGCAUCCAAAGCCUGGCGACGAGGCUGCAGAGCCCCGACGGCGCCAUGGGGGCCAGCAUGGUGCUGCGGGAGGGCUACCCUUGUCUGGAGACACUGGUCAGCCUCUCCGAGGCCACUCGGAAAGUGCUCGCCGCCUACGACACGAUGAUCGCUGCCCAGAAACAGCUGAUCGAAAACGCAGACGGCGUCCAGGAGAGGAUCGACCAGGUGCACAGGGAAGGAAUGGACUUCCAUGAAGAUCUGUCCCGGCUCGGGGAGAAGGAGGGCCUGAAGGGACGCAAGCUGAACAAGGGCGUGGAGAGCUUCACCUGGAACAUCACUGUGCUAAAGGGGCAGAGCGACCUGCUACGCGGAGCCAAGAUGGACUCCCUGGACGCCCUGCGGCAGCUGGCCCUGGCCUGCGAAGCCUGCGGGCUCACCAGCUCCUCCAACUCCUCCUCCUCCAACUUCUCCAUGGCCGAGCUGCACUACUCCUCCCACCCCACGUCCGGGCGGCGCAGCAGCACGCACGGCAACGGGCGCAUCUGAGGCGCCCCACGUCGCAGGACCCAGCGCGCUGCCGUGGAUGGAAACUGGGGUGGACGGAGCAAAAGAGAUGAAAGGACCCAAAUCUGAACGUGUGAAAGGUGCGAGUGCAGGCGUGAGGUUCUCCUCUCCAGCAGAGUGCAUCUAAAGCCUUAUGUUGAGUUCAUGUGUUGUCAGUGAUGCCCUGCCUGCAGAGAUCCUGCUUACUUCCUAGAUGUCGCCGUUCUUCUCUCAUUUGAGAAGAAACCAAACACGUAGUGUGACAAUGGGGCCAUCGUGGAUCGGUAGAGGUCCAGAGCAAAGGGAACACAGCGUAAAGCUCCCUCAGAGGCCCUGCUUGUCCUUGGAGGAGUUUCAGAUCUCUAAAGUGUCAUGGUACACGUUCGUUUGUUUUUAACUCCAGCUGAUGCUUCAUGUAAGAGAAACGUAGAUCAAUAAGGCCAUAAUAUCAAUCUAAAUCUUCUCCUGUGCAUGGGUGACUGAACGUGAAGGCAUCUGCCCAACUUCCCCAGAGCUUUCAAAGGAAAUGAACGGAGGAGGAAAAUAAUGAGAUUCAAGGGUUAAAACGGAUUCAGGCAUGGUCUCGUGGUCACGGGCGGUCGGUCUGGGAGGGGCGUGGCUGCAGUAAUCGGAGGGGUGCGUGUCGUGCGGGGUUGUGUUACCUGCUGAGUCGUGUGUUCGUGCAGCAGGAGCAGGUGAUGAUGCGUGGUGUGUUUGUGCAGCGAUGAGAGUGAAGAUAAGUCACAGCGGCGGAUGGAGAAGCUGAAUCUCAUUCGUGAGGGCGACUGGGGGCGUGGCGUUUGCGCCUUCACUCCCACCAUCACGGACGCCGCUCCUCCGGACCUUUUGAGUGCGUAACUUCGUAACACAGGAACUCACCUGAAUUAUUUUCACUCAGCUUUUCUAUCUAUGAUGCUCAGUUGUAACCAAACAUGAUGCUAAACAACAAACAGGACCAAACUAAUCUGAUUAGAUGCCUCCUCAUACCUCUCUGUCCUCUGCAGACCAAAUAGUGUCUCGGGGGGUUUUCUAAUAAGCCGCAGAGGCUCUUGAACGAUGUUUUCUUGACCCACGACAGGUGGACAAGGCCGUAACGAUGUAAUUUAAACUCACAACUGGAUAGACUUUUUCUUGUGCUGCUGUUUUGGACGAGUGUAUUUUUGUUGCAGGCAGGAGGCUGAUGAGAGGUGACCUUUGAAUGUCAGGCGUCGGUUGUGUUCAGUGAUUGCGCUGGACUGCUGUAUCCGCUCAACACCUCCCUUUUCCUCUCCAUCCUCUUGUACCUGGAGCCCCCGGGGCUGUGGCAGUGGGGGGCUGGUAACAUUUCCACGCGCCAGUGUCUUUUUUUUUUUGUGCUUUAGUGCAGGUUUAUGACGACAGAAACCGCAUGAAGGAGGAAGAGGAAAGGUUGCAGGAUGGCGGACGAUGCUGGAUGAUCUUUUCGGCCGCAUGCGCGGUCCUGCGGGAACACCUAUAGGGCUUCGUAAUUGGCUCCGCUGUGUUGGUGUCGUGGUUCUCCGCCCAAUUUGGAGGGUCUCCACCCCCCCCCCUGAGAAGCAAAAGGCUGCAGCUCUCCAGGAUGGUGGGAGCUGCUCACCUGCAUUAUUGAUGCAUGUUCCACCAGGACGUGCCUGCUCACAAAGGCAAAGAAGGAACUAGGGGGUUUACUGUAAUGGAUGUAGGGAGGAUGGAGGUCGCUGGGUCUCCCUUGCAGGAAUCAGGUGUCAGAGAUUAGAUCUUUACCUGUUAAGUUAGAGCUGGUUCUCAGAGCUGCCCAUCACGAAGCUGCUGUAAAUGAAGUCAGCAAACGGCCAGGCAGAUACCUGAACCCCGACACGGGCAACUUUUCUCCUUCACAGGACCAGGUAGCCCCACUUAAAGUAAUCUAAGGUCCACACAUUUGAUAUUAAAUGGAAACGUUUAACAGGGUGCUGCAUUGUGAUCAACUACAUGACUUGAUUAAUUUUAGGGAGGAAUCACACACACAGCGGUUUUUAAGAGGUGAAAGGUUGAUGUUAGGCUCCUUAUACACGACAGUGAUCCGUCGGCAUGUCAAGUAUUCAGACUCUGUUAAAACGCAGCAUUCAGAGCCAACUUUUCUCUUUUGCGAGGACUUCACCUCCUCGCUAGAGAUGAACAAGGGACAGCUUGACAGCUAAAUUAGUCAACUGUUGAAGCAGAUGGCGCCUAAUGAACAAAAAUACUUGCUUUUAUUGACUGUUUAGAUUAGUGUUUUCAUGUUUAGAUGGUCUAGGAGCGGUAUUUUGUUCUAUGUGUGCUCUAAGCUGUGGCUGCCUGAUAUUUCCCGCGAUGCCACGUCGUCAUUUCCACAUGCGCAGCAGCAAACCACGCCCAGGUGUUGGAGUCUGCUUUUUAUUCUUUCAGGCAGCUGUUUCCACUCAGCGUUUGCAUGCUCGGUCCGACAGUCAACUUGCAGAGGUGUCCUGCACCAUUUUUAUCGUUUAUAGUUUUAUUUUGUUCUCCCUAUCAAAACAACAUAAAGAAAUGCCUCCUUAUUUUCAGUCCUGUGUAAUACCUGAAACGACCACGACGAGAUGUAACAUCUGGAUUUAAGAUGGUGGGCAGGUUGUCGGAGGACAGGCUGGAACCUCCAGCUCUCCAGGCCAAGCAAACACACACCUACACACUUCCCGUAGCGUUUCUGCGCUGCAGUCCAGUACUGCAAAAGGAUGGUUGGGCGGUUCGGUCACCUCUCACUGCAGUGCUUUACUUUGGUGUUCAGUAUGUUGUGUUUCAUUUGUAACUCGCUGCUGCGGCCUGAUCUCUGAGCAGUGGCUCGUCUGUGUCGCCGUAACUCGGUCUUAGAGGAGAACCCCGGUUGAUUUCAACCUGCUGUGGUUCCCAUCUACUCACGCAAGACAGUGUGGAUCCAAACGUGGAAGUUCUGCUGCUCCAGUCGUACUUUCCCCUUAUCUGUGGACACAUGGAAAUCUUCAGCCUCCUUCCACUGUUAUCCUCCUCAGACAGAGGCAAACAGAGAUCCAGGAACAGCGUCAGAGCGUCCUGUUGGGUCGUCAUCAUCUGUGGUCGUCUUCAGCUGGAGAAGACGUUGGAAAGUCCCAACACUCGAGUUUGUGACCUCUUUUAGGCAGCGUUUUCUUGUCUGGUUUUUGUUUUGGCCUCAAUUUUAGGCGGCAAUAUUUUCUGUUUCUGUUUAGGUUUUAGUGCUUGGUUAGGUUUAGGGAAAAAAACAAGAUUUGUUCUUUCAGGACCAAGACUGUUGUUUCUUUCACAAUCCCCAGAUUCCCCUGAUAAUAAAAGGUCAACAAACACCCUCAUUGUGUUGCCCGAUGAGUUGCUCCAGCACCAUCCGCCUCACCUUUGCAGUAGUUCCAUAAAAUUGCACAAAGAAUCGAAAGGGAAAUCUGAGUGAAAGGUAUUAUGGGAAACACAGCAGGCGGACAUAAACUGGAACGUGCUUUUACGCUUUGGGUUUGCAGAAGUGGAAACCUGCUCAGUCAUUUCGAGAGGACGCUCUCUCCGCGCCCUUCACUGUACGAUUCCCAUCAGCGCUGACCGGUGGUCGAAUACAUUUUAUUGGAGCGUUGUUGAAACCUGCCAUAGUAACGUGGACAACCGUGUGUGAGCACUUGGACGUGUGUAACGGUGUUUUAGGUCGUGCAUCGCUGUGGCAUCGCUAGUGUCUGUGUUGGCCCGUGUUGUCCCCACUUACCUUUAAUCCAGUGUUUAAUCCUCAAUUCUUCUAGUGGACUGAACGUUUUUGUAAAGCUGAAGGAUAAAAACAAAAAAAGAUCAAAUGAAUAAACGUAUUUAUUAAAGUGUGUUUUAAAAAUCUUUAAAUAAAUAUAAUUAAUUAUAUGGAUUUCGCUUUAUUUUGAAAAGAUACAGUGUUUUCUAUCUGACAUUAAUCAAAUGUAACAUGAGUAUGU